AUGCCACGAAGAAAGAAAAAAAUUAAAGAAGCCCCUGAAGCUCAGAGCUUAGAGAAGAAAGAUGCAGAAACUUCCAGUCCUGUCAGUGUGAGGAGGAAGCGUAAACUGGAGGAUGCACUCAUUGUGAUAUCUGAUAGUGAUGGAGAGGAACCACAGAAGGAAAAUGGAUUGCAGAAAAUGAAGACAAAACAGUUGAAUAGAGCAAAGUGUUUGGCUAAAAGAAAAAUUGCACAAAUGACAGAAGAAGAACAGUUUGCUCUGGCUCUCAAAAUGAGUGAGCAGGAAGCUAGGGAAGUGAACAGCCAGGAGGAGGAAGAAGAGGAGCUCUUGAGGAAAGCCAUUGCAGAAAGCCUAAAUAGUUGCCGGCCUUCUGAUGCUUCUGCUACCAGAUCUCAAGCUCUGGCCGUUGGACCAUCUUCACAAUCCCACCAAGAGAAAACCAGAGACUCUGGGACCACUGAAGGCAUAUGGCAGCUGGUACCUCCAUCACUGUUUAAAGGCUCACAUGUCAGUCAGGGAAACGAGGCUGAGAAAAGAGAGGAGCCUUGGGACCACACUGAAAACACUGAAGAGGAGCCGGUCUCUGGCAGCUCAGGAAGCUGGGACCAGUCAAGCCAGCCAGUGGUUGAGAAUGAGAACGUUAAAUGUUUUGACAGAUGCACUGGCCACUUGGCUGAGCACACACAGUGUGGGAAGCCACAGGAAAGUACUGGGAGAGGAUGUGAUUUUCACGAAGCUGCCCAGGGUAGGGGGGACAUAUCUAGGCACUUUCUGCCUGCCUCAGCAGAUGCCAAAGGUAUCCAGAACAGUGGGGGCACUGUGCACUACUUCUGGGGUAUUCCAUUUUGCCCAGCUGGAAUAGACCCUAACCAAUAUACCAAGGUCAUUCUCUGCCAGUUGGAGGUUUAUCAAAAGAGCCUGAAAAUGGCUCAGAGGCAGCUCUUAAAAAAAAAAGGAUUUGGGGAACCAGUGUUACCUAGACCUCCUUCUCUGAUCCAGAAUGAAUGUGGCCAAGGAAAUCAGGCUAGUGAAAAAAAUGAAGGCAUCUCAGAAGAUAUGGCAGAUGAAGACAAAGAGGAGGAGAGGCAAGAGUCUAGGGCAUCUGUCUGGCACUCAGAAACCAAGGAUUUCCAAGAAAGUCCAAUUAAAAGCUUGAAAGAGAAACUUUUGUUGAAGGAAGAAUCAGCAACCAGUCAUGGUCAGUCUUCCCAAGGUCUAUUUGCUGAGGAAACUUCUGAAGAAGGAAACUCUGACCCUGCCCCACAAAGCAUUGCUGCUUUGACUAGUAAGAGAAGCUUAGUCCUUAUGCCAGAGAGUUCUGCAGAGGAAAUCACUGUGUGUCCUGAGACACAGCUAAGUUCCUCUGAAACUUUUGACCUUGAAAGAGAAGUCUCUCCAGGUAGCAGAGAGAUCCAGGAUGAAGUAACAAUAAUAAUGUCAGAUAAGGAGGUUGGCAACAGGGAAGAUGCUGAGAAGGAAAUACUUUCUUCUUUCUCAUCUAGUACCAAGGUAUCCUGCCCACUAUGUGACCAAGGCUUCCCACCCACAAAGAUUGAGCGACAUGCCAUGUACUGCAAUGGGCUGGUGGGGCAAGAUAUAGUGUUGACUUGGAGACAAAUAAAGGCCCCGAGCAAGGGGGACAGUGGAAUAGUGGCCCAGACUUCCUUAGACAUUGAGAAGAAUGAGAAGUGUUAUCUGUGUAAAUCCUUGGUCCCAUUCAAAGAGUACCAGUGUCAUGUAGAGUCCUGUCUCCAGCUUGCAAGGCAUGACCAGGGAGACGGGCCUGCAGAGAGUGGGAGAGGACACGCAGCUGAGGAGGGGAAGCAGCGGCAGUGGCUGAGGAACCCAAAGGAAAAAGGCCGCAGUGAAGGCCGACUCCUCAGUCUCUUGGAACAGUCUGAGCACAAGACUGCAGAUGCAGAGAUAAAGACCAAGUCUUCAGAAACAGUGGCCGUCAGGGUACCCUCACCAGGGAUGGAAGAAGCAGGCUGCAGCAGAGAGAUGCAGAGUUCCCUUGCACAUCUCAACUUAAAUGAGUCUCCCAUUAAGUCUUUUGUUUCCAUUUCAGAAGCCACAGAUUGCUUAGUGGACUUUAAAAAGCAGUUUACUGUCCGGCCAGGCAGCCGGACACGGUCCAAAGCAGGCAGAGGAAGGAGGAGAAAAUCCUGA